AUGUCUAAAAUCGCUGUUGCGGGUGGCAAUGGAGGCCUGGGUCGCAUGAUUGUAGAAGCAUUGAUCGCUGCCAAAAAGGAUGUCGUGAUAAUUAGCAGAAAGAGUGACCCGACCAACCAAACUGCAACUGUUGUCGGAAUCAACUAUUCCAACAUCGAAGCCACCAAGAAAAUUCUGGAGGAGCAGAAUGUCGGCACCAUCAUUUCAGCUCUGCCACUUCUCCAGUCAAAUGACCAUGAAUUGAACCUGGUGAAGGCUGCGGAUGCUUCUAGCACCACCAAACGCUUUAUCCAGAGCUCUUGGGGCAUCCCGUAUACAAAGCUCAAGCUGGAAUCUCUAGAGAGUCUAAGUAAGACAUCACUAGAGUACGCCCGUGUUCAUUGCGGGUACUUCCUCGAUUAUUGGGGAAUACCAGAAAUCAAGAGCUACCUUACGCCAGCUACGGUGGUGGUCGAUCUUGCAGGCAACAAGGCGGCUAUUCCCGGCAGCGGCAACACUCCUGUGGUCUUCACGCACACACGCGACGUUGCCGCGGCCACGGUCAAGCUAGUAGAGCUUCCUCGAUGGAAAGUUGACAACUAUAUCAUCGGAGACAAGCUCAGCUUUAACGAGUUAGUUGAUAAAGUGCAAAAUAUCAAAGGUUCCAAGCUAGAGGUUGUAUAUGACUCCAUGGAGAAGCUAAAGAGCGGCCAAAUCACCGAGUUACCAGCACAUGUCAAUGUAUACCAGUUCUUCCCCAAAGAACAACUCCAGUACGUAUUUGCGACAUUUGGUCUCUGGUUUGAGGAGGGUCUCUUCAACCUGGCACCGACCGAGAAUAGCGUGGAUCUGAAUAAGUUCCUUUCAGACGGUGAACUGUUGACCGCUGAGCGUCUGUUCCAGCAAAAGUAUGGUGCAGCGAAAUAG